AUGGCUUCCGCAAUUGUUACCGGCGCCACAGGCAUCACCGGCAGUGCCAUUGUGCAUCACCUCCAGAAGGACUCCUCGUAUAAGAAAGUCUACGCGCUUUCCAGGAGCGACCCUGGCUACAAGGACCCCAAGCUUCAACAUGCAGCAAUCGACCUCCAGGGCUCCGCAGACGAUAUGACAAAGACACUCUCGGGGAUUUCUGCAGAAUACGUCUAUUUCUGCGCCUACAUGGCGCAUGACGACCCCCAGGAACUAUGCCGCAUCAACGGAACCAUGAUCUCGAACUUUAUCCAAGCUCUUGAGAAGACAGGCGCCAUCAACAGCCUCAAACGAUUUGUCUUGACCUGCGGCUUUAAGCAGUAUAGCGUGCACCUCGGCAAUGCUAAGCAGCCAUUCCUCGAAAGCGACCCUGUUUUAGAGGGCGAGGUCGGCGGAGAAACGUGGCCCCCCAACUUCUAUCUCACCCAGCAACGUAUUCUGGCUGAGGCCGCAGCCCGCAGCAAAAACCAGUGGGACUGGGUUGUCACCCUUCCGCAAGACGUUCUGGGAUUCGCUCGCGGAAACUUCAUGAAUGAAGCCACCGCCCUGGGCCUGUAUUGUACUGUCUCAAAGGCCCUUCCAGGUUCUGAGCUUCCCUUCCCCGGCUGCAAGGCAGGUUACUUCGCAUUCAACACAUGGACAUCCGCAAACCUGCACGCCAAGUUCUGUCUCUGGGCGUCAACAGCCAAGGGUGCAGGAAACAACAUCUUCAACGUCAUAAACGGCGACACAGAAUCCUGGCAGGAUCUCUGGCCGCGCCUCGCUAAGCGCUUUGGCUGCAAGAUUCCCAAUCCAAUGUUCCCUAACGGCGGGACCGCAGAUAGUAAAGGCUACAAAGAUUUCGAGCCCUCUACAACGCGCAUGCCCAACAAACACCCUCUAACUGCCCGCGCCGCAGACCUGGGUGUUUCCUCCGACCCCUCAAAGGAGGAAUCUCCGACACUCUUCUGCCAAAUUAACCCGGAGAAGUGGGCCGCGCGGGAUGAUGUCAAUAAGACCUGGGCACAGGUACGGGACAAGUAUGGCCUUGACCAGAAGGCUUGGGAGAAGGCAACCUGGGACUUCUUGACUUUUGCUCUGGGGAGGGACUGGAGCUGUGUGGGUACUAUGAGUAAGGCUAGGAAGCUGGGGUGGACUGGGUAUGCGGAUACUUGGGAUGAAUUGGUGGAUGUCUUUGAGACGCUCGAGAAAGAGGGUAUUCUUCCACCUGCAGAGCGGUUGAAGGGUGAUUUCUGA